AUGGAGGAGGACCCGCUCAUCCCGCUGGUGCACGUCUGGAACAACGCCGCCUUCGACCACGCCUCCUCCUCCGCGUGGCACGCCCACUCCCCUGCUCCCGCGAGCGCAGGCCGCGAGGCGGAGGGGGACAAGGAGAACCACCGCCCCGACCCCGAGCCGGACGUCGAGGCGGAGAUCGGCCACAUCGAGGCGGAGAUCCUGCGCCUGUCCUCCCGCCUCCACCACCUCCGCACCUCCAAGCAGUCGGAGCCGUCCAAGCGCGGAGAGGUCGCGCCCGCGCACGCACCCGCGGCGAAGGCGGCGUGGACGCGGGGGCUCAGCCUGGGCCCGCUCGACGUCGCCGCUGCCGUCAACCCCAACCCGCUCACCACUGACAAGCAGCAGCCGCGCGCCGCGCAGGGUCUGAAGCCGAUCAAGCAGGCCCCGGCGGCGCGGGGCAGGGGCGUCAGCCUCGGGCCCCUCGACAUCGUCGCCGCGAACCCUAGGGUCCCCUCCGCCGCCGCCACCGCGCCGCAGAGGAAGAUUCAGGGAGAGGGCGGCGCCGCGCGGCCGAUCCUGAGGCCGAUCAAGGAGCCUUCCGUGCAGCGGCGCAGGGGCGUCAGCCUCGGGCCCUUGGAGAUCCACAACGGCGUCGGCAGCAAGCCCUGGGCGGCGGCGGCGCGGGUCAAGACCUUCACCAACAAGCUCGGUGCCCUUCGUGAGGAAGGCCAGCGUUCGAAGCAGCACACCGUCCCUGCCAGACCGUGGCCAUCCAGCAAUACCAGGCAAGGCACCGCAGCAAGAAAAGCCAAAGCGAGGAGCGGGAGCAUGAGCCCCAGCAGGUCCAGGAGGCAGUCCACUUCCAAGGCUACCGAGACAAGAGCAGGCAACGCCAAGGCUGCAGAGGUGGCGAGGGCAGGGAACACGGCACUCGUGGUUAACAAAGUUCCUGAUGAACUCAAGCCCAAAGGCCUGGUGGUGGGCAAUCAGACCAGCAAUGCAGCCACUGCGAAGAGGCCGGCGGGGAGCUCCAAGGUCAGGGUCGUCCCGAGCCGCUAUAGCAUCACCCCUGGCUCGUCCCUGGCAGCUGUGUCACAAGACAAGCGGUCCAAGCAGUCUCUCCAGGACCGGCUAGUUCUGCAAGCCAGAGGGAGGAGAUCAGAGCAAAGCUCACUGAGCCGUCGAAUGACGAGCUGUCUCCUGAAACAGUUGCCAAGGUUGCAGAGCUGCUCCCAAGGAUCAGGACCAUGCCGCCUUCUGAUGAGAGCCCGCGUGACUCGGGGUGUGCCAAGCGUGUUGCAGAUUUGGUCGGGAAGCGAUCCUUCUUCACCGCCGCAGCCGACGAUGGCAAUCUUGUUACGCCCUACCAGGCACGGGUGGUUGAACUUGAAUCACCUGAGGCAGCAGCAGCAUGAGAAGUUUGGCUUCGAUCAAUAA